UUUUUUCAAUUCAAAGACGAAGAUAGCACUGUGCGAAAUUCCUUGAUGUCUGUGUCUCGGCCGCGGGACUAGAAGCAAAGCUCGAGUUGUCUCAUUAAGGCGAGUUGGGCCAUACAAGGGUAUGGUAUAUCACGGUCUAAUUAUAUUUUCCAUCGAUCACUCAUGUACGCAUGUUACGACUCCUACGUGAAUACAGCACUUAGGACGAGUUAAAAGACAGUGGGCGCCAUGAACGUGAUAAAUUUUAUAAGCGUUCCCGCUAAAAAUACUAUUAACCAGACAUUCAAAGGCAAGGAGCCAUGGGAAAUCGCGGGAAUGACAUCGAUUACUAUUCUCACCGUCGUUUGGUUCUAUAAUUUCAUCUUUCAAGAAGAAAGUAUUGUGGAACGAAUCAAGAAAUCGGCAUUGAAAAUGGUGCGCCGCAUACCAGCCGUUCGAAACAAGAUUAAUAGUGAAUUGAAAUGUCUGAGCGAGUCGUUUGAGGAGGAGGCAAUUAAUAGAACAAAGGCCCUGCCUUACAUAACGAGUCUCCCCAACCAGGGUAUCGAUCUCAACGAAAUCCUGAAACUCGUGGAGAGCAGCGUUUAUUUAGGCAAUUAUGACUGGAAGAAUGGUCGAGUGUCCGGAUGCGUGUAUAGGAACGCGGAAACAGAUCUCAGAACGCUCGUAAAGGAGGUUUACAGUUUAGCUUCACUUACGAAUCCUCUUCACCCGGACAUUUUUCCUGGUGUUUGUAAGAUGGAGGCUGAAGUGGUUCGAAUUGCUUGUCAAUUGUUCAACGGCGAUGGCAACUCUUGCGGCACGAUGACAACAGGCGGCACGGAGUCGAUACUCAUGGCCUGCAAGGCCUUCCGGGAUUACGCUCGCGAUGUCAAGGGGAUAACCCGGCCGGAGAUGGUGAUGCCAGUCACGGCCCACUCGGCCUUCGAUAAAGCGGCCCAGUACUUGAAGAUACGAGUGCGAGCGGUGCAGCUCGACCCCGACAGCUACACAGUCAACAUCGCCGCUAUGAAGCGGGCAAUAACGAGAAACACCAUUAUGCUGGUGUGCUCGGCCCCGAACUUCCCCUACGGCACGAUGGACGACAUCGAAGCGAUCGCGAAGCUCGGACUACGUUACAACGUCCCCGUUCACGUGGACGCCUGCCUCGGCGGCUUCCUCAUCUGCUUCAUGCGCGCGGCCGGCUACAGCGUGCCCGAGUUCGACUUCCGUCUCGAGGGCGUUUGCAGCAUCAGCGCCGACACGCACAAGUACGGAUACGCGCCCAAGGGCUCAUCGGUCGUCCUCUACAGGGACAAGAAGUACCGGCAUCACCAGUUCACGAUCACGACCGACUGGCUCGGCGGCAUCUACGGAUCGCCGACGGUCAACGGCUCGAGGGCCGGUGGCAUAAUCGCCGCCUGCUGGGCGACGCUCCUCUACUUCGGCCACGAGGGCUACGUCCAAUCCACCAAGAAGGUCAUCGACACCACGAGGUUCAUCGAGCAAGAAUUGAGGAAAAUGGACGGGAUUUAUGUGUUUGGCACGCCCGUCACGUCUGUGAUAGCCAUUGGCUCCAAGUUCUUCGACAUCUAUCGACUGUCCCAAGCACUUAAUUCUCGUGGUUGGAACCUCAAUCCCUUGCAGUUCCCCAGCGCCUUACACAUAUGCGUGACCCACGUGCAUACGGAGCCUGGGGUCGCUCAGCAAUUCGUCCACGAUAUGAAGGAAGAUGUGGCUACGAUACUCAGGAAUCCGUCAGAAAAUGCCAAGGGCAUGUACGCGAUAUAUGGAUCGAGCCAAAGCAUUGCAGAUCGUAGUAUAGUAGGUGAGAUUACUAAGUACUUUUUGGAUGCAGUAUAUUACACACCAAAGGAGGAAUGUACUACCGUUGGUAAAGAAAAUCGUAUAGAAUUUAAAACCAGUAACGAAAAAUUGAAUUCCAAGCUCCUGUGAGAACAAAAUUGUGUUUGACUCACUGAAAUACGCACCCAGUUACUCAAUUCCUUUAUUAAACAUCAUUUUAAUUUUAUUUCAUA